AUGGCAGGAAUGGUACAAGGCACCUUACCGGUGUUUGAUGGUAAGCUUUACGAUGAUUGGUGUGUAAAGAUGGAUGCCAUCUUGGGUUAUCAAGAGGUAGAUGAAGUUGUCAAGAAAGGUCUUAAAGAACCUACAAAAGGAGAUUCAGAGGAAGUGAAGAAGAUUUAUAAAGAAAACAAGAAACUUGAUUGCAAAGCCCGCAUGCUGAUACAUCAAUGCGUCUCUCCGGCAAUUUUCCAAAAGAUUUCGAAGGCAGCCACAGCUAAGGAAGCGUGGGACAUACUGAAAGAAGGAUAUGGAAAUUCCGGGAAAAUAAAGAAAGUCAGGUUACAGUCACUAAAAAGACAAUAUGAGCUUCUUAGUAUGGAAGAGCAAGAAACGAUUGAGGAUUAUAUCGGGAGAAUUCAGAUUGUGGUAAAUGCAAUGCGGGGUUGUGAAAAGAUUGUGAAGGAUAAGAAGAUCGUGCAUAAAAUUUUGAGAACGUUAACGUCUCAGUAUGAUCACAUUGUUGUGGCCAUUGAAGAGAGUAAAGACCUGGAGACAUUGAAAAUUGAAGAACUGCAAAACUUACUUACGGCUUAUGAACAACGGUUGAUUGAAAGAAAAACAGUAGAAAAGAGCACUGUACAGAACACGAAUCAAGCUUUGCAGGCUAGAAGUGGACAGAACUUCAAGAACCGUGGAAGAGGCAGGGGAAGAUCUCGCGGUGGCCGAAGUGGAGGUAGAGUGAAUACCUUCUCUGAACAGUCCAAGGAUGAAAAUUCUAACGAUCAAAAGGAAGGAGACGGUAGAGGAUGA